AUGCCACAACGGAGUAUUGUAACCCGCGAGAGACAGAAGCGCCCCCGGCAUGUUGCUGGAGAUGAAACGAAAGGCGUGGAGUCCACAACGCAUAGUGCUGAUAUCCACUCGGAUGAAAAUGAUUAUCACAGUGAUGUGAGAAGCUCGCAGGCAUAUGGUUCUCCUUCAUUUGUAUCCUCAGCAGCAGCUGAAAUACAACAUGAACUAAAGAAACAAUUUGAUGUUUGUCAAUUGGUUGAACGCGAUGUUACCUCUUUACUUAAACAGAGGGAUCAAUCAACUGCAUCUAUGGAUGUUAUUUCCUCAUUUCAGAAUAUAUCUCCUAAUGAAAUGGUUCGUCUUAAUGUUGGUGAUACAAUUUUCACAGUUCCUCUUACGCUUCUUUUAAGUAAAGAUGGAAAUGAAAACUACUUUGAUGUACUCUUUGGUUUUCGUAAACUCAACAUUGGUAAUAAUGAUAGUAACAACAACGAAAACAACGACAACCUUACUAACAAUUAUCUUCUUCAACCUCCUAUUUUAGAUGAAACUGGGGCUCUCUUUAUUGAUAGAGAUCCUGCUACUUUCCAUCUCAUUCUUAACUACCUUAGAGGGUAUCGCUUACUUAGCACGUUAAAUGAAGAUCAAUUGUCUAUGUUAAAGACAGAUGCACGAUAUUUCCAACUACAUGGUUUAAUGAAACAACUUGGUGAUCAAAACACUGAAAAUACCAUGAAGUUUCGUCCUGGACCAGGAGUUAAUCCUGAACGUAAUCGAUUUCGUGUUAUUUAUGGAGUUGCUGUGGUUGGACAUCGUUUUCUUAUCACUGGACGUCAUCGAAUUACAUUUCAAGUGAUGAACAGUGAUUAUGUAGGUAUUGGAUUAGUCUCAGAGUCGUGUGUGAGCACCGAUCAAGAGUUUCACAAGACCUCUCACUGUUGUGUUUACUACAUGACAGGUGUAUUUUACUCUAAUUUCCCACAUCACCGUAAGGAAGAUGGAUUAGAGGCAUUUGAAAAGAAUGAUUAUGUAUCUCUUAUGGUGGAUAUGAAUAAGCGGGUGGCAGAGUAUACACUUAAAAAUUCAACAAAAAUAAUAUCUCUUGGAAAUGCUCGAAAAUUACGUUUUGCAGUAGCAAUGAAAUUAAGUUCCAGUGUUCGUAUUGUUCCAGAGGAGGAGGCGGCACAACUUCCCCUCUUUCAGAGAAAAGCACAGAUAGAAGGACAAAUACCUGUAAACCGCACAUCAUCCUUUGCGGAUGACCGUGAGGCACUCACACAAUUAUCACAACCCAGCGGUGCAGGAACUUUGGCUUCAGGCGUUGGUGGAGCACAAGAACAGGCCUCAUCUUCACAGCAAUUACAACAACAACAACAACAACAACAACAACAAGUGAUGACUUCAUUGUUUAUGCCCCGUUCAUUAGAAGGUGGUCUGCGUCCUGCACUUAUUGAUGGUCUUGGAAGAGCAACACGACCAUUUGUGUUGAGCUCUUUCUCUAGUGCUCUUCUACCAGGCGAUAUCAGCGCUAUUGAUCCAAUUUUACUUGUUUCCAGUACCCGUGAGAGGCGAGAUGACGCAUGA